AUGAAAGCAACUUGCGGUGUUGUUUUGUGUGUGUUUAGCGUGAAAUUCUUAGAAAAAUAUGGAUUAAAUUACGAAUAAGUGGAAUUAAUCCCCUUGAUCUGUUCACAAGCGACUAUAUCUAACGGAUCAGGUGCCACAUGAUGUUGAAUAUUCACAAGAUCUGGCUACUUUCAUGCCUCUCCGUGAUAGCUUUAAUAGUUUUGUAUUUUCAAUCAGAAAUAACACGGUUAGAGGACUCAUAUCGUAGAUGGGAAUACAGACUAGCGCAGUCGAGAGAAGCACAGGAGUCUCGUUCAUUCUAUCCAAAUACGGUACAAAAUGAUGACGAAGACUUAGUGGUCAUAUACAACAGGGUACCCAAGACUGGGUCCACCAGUUUUGUUGGUGUAGCUUAUGACCUGUGCAAGAAGAACCAUUUUAAAGUGCUCCACAUUAACAUUACGGCUAACAUGCAUGUGAUGUCGUUGGCCAACCAGUACAAGUUUGCUCAGAAUGUGACGCGGUGGAGCGAGGUGAAGCCCGCCCUGUAUCACGGCCACAUGGCAUUUCUCAACUUUGAAAGACUAGGAACACCUACUAAACCUGUCUACAUAAAUCUAAUAAGAAAGCCGCUGGAUCGGUUGGUCUCCUACUACUACUUCCUAAGACAUGGAGACAAUUUCAGACCACAUCUGGUCCGGAAAAAACAUGGAGACAAAGUGACAUUCGACGAAUGCGUGGAGCGCGGCCAGGCGGAUUGCGAUCCUAACAACAUGUGGCUGCAAGUGCCAUUCUUCUGUGGCCACGCCGCGCAGUGCUGGAAACCCGGCAACCGGUGGGCGCUGGAACAAGCGAAAACCAAUCUAGUCAACCACUACCUCCUAGUAGGAGUCACCGAAGAAAUGCUCGACUUCAUCACAGUGCUAGAAGCGACUCUACCUAGGCUGUUCAAGGGCGCAACAGAACACUACUUAAGCAGCAGCAAAUCCCACUUAAGACAAACAAGCUCAAAGAAAGACCCGUCAGAGAAAACCAUAGAGACCAUACAAAAGUCCAAUGUAUGGAAAAUGGAGAAUGAAUUGUACGAGUUUGCGCUUGAACACUUCAAGUUUGUGAAGAGGAAAUUGUUAGUGAGAGAGCCGAAUAAUAUGCAGCAGAUAUUUUUUUAUGAGAAGGUCAGACCGAAAUGAGGUCUGGUUUCAGGUAUGUAGCUUAUUUGAGAUCAGAUCAUAGAAAGUAUGGAUAGACUGAAUAGCUGCUGAGUCAGUAUGAACCCUUAAUUGGGAUAAAAUAUUAUGGAUCUUUAUCCCAUUGAGUAAGCAAGCUUGUGCUGAGAGAGUUGUCGGAUAAGAUGUGUUUUUCUAAGAAAUACCUAUGACAAGUAACAGAAAGACCUAGUGAAGUAUCUCUGAAUAUAAUUAUUUAUGAACUUUUGAGUACGAAAUUCGGAAUUCAGAAAUGCAUUAUUUAAUUUAGCAAUAACUGUACUCAGAAGCAGUCCCAUAAUUUCUAUGAUCUGAGGGAUUUAUUUUCCCACAAAAUAUUUAUUUAUUAUCAUUUUAAGGCUAACAUCAUUCCAAUUGUGCUAAAAAAGUUUGUAAAAAUUCAUCAUCUGUAGAUAUUGUCGCUAGUUUAAAUUUAUUAAUAAUAAUUCAUAGAAAAUAAUACGUUUCUGUUAAACGGAUACCUAAUGGUAAAAUUUCUAAAACAACGUGUUAUAAAUUAUAAAACGAAUAUCUUUUUAUGAUUAAGUUUGUGGCAACAUGCAACUAAAAUAUAUUUAAAAAAGCCCACCUAAAGAAUUAAAAGACAUCUUCACAUCUCAAGCUAUGUCAAUAUACGUAAAUACGUUUAAAUAUCAAUCUUAACACUCAUUGUGAUAUUUUAUAAGUCCAUCCUACGAUUUGUUAAUAACUUUUUAUUUAUUUAAGAGUAGGUAUAUGAAAAAAUAUCAUUACUUAAUUAUCAUCUUUAGACUUGUUCCACAGCUAUGGGAUAUAUUUAUUUAAAUUAUGAUGCUGUAACUAAGAAAUGCUUGAUGUAUGAAAUUGAUUUUGACAUGUAUUUUUUUACAAUUAUCAAUUUAAAAUUAUGCAGUAGUGCUGCAGUACCUAUCUUAUUUAAGUCAAUUAUAAACUUGGUUCAACUCACAUAUCGCGAACUAUACCUGUGGGUAUAUUUUUCUUUAAUUCGUAGGUAUAUUCAUUAAUAAGUAUGUUAAAUUGAAUAUUUGUUAGUAUAGUUUAUAUGCAAACUGCAUUGUAUUUUUAUGUGUCAUAUUGACUGAACAAUAAUAUAUGUACAACUUGCGGUUCUUUGAAAACAGAAACAUAACCCAAUUCUACAAAAACAGAGGGGGCCCUAUACAAUUACAAAAAAUACAAAAAAAAACUAAAUAACGUUUCGAAGUAAUUAGCGUGAAAUUCAACAUUCAUUGUAAAUCUAAAAAUGGUUGUCAAAAAAAGUUUGAGAUAGGUACACUUGUCGAAAAUUUAAAUUGGUUACAUUGAAACAAGCUCGACCACUGCAUAAGUUAUGUAGAGUUAUAGGUAAUUCUAAAACUUAAUUAACGCAUCAUUUCGUUCAAUUAUUUUAGGAAUGUAAUAUCUCAUUAUGUUUAUACA